GCUACUUCUAAACGCUACUAUUUUUGACGUUUGAGAAAAGCUACCUCUAUCGCUACUAAAAUCACUAUCUUGCCAAAUACUCUCAGAUUUUUCCUAAUAUUAUUUUAACUGGUUAAAACGCUAACCGCUACCUCAAACGCUAUUACCAAAUAGGGCCGUAAGAAGAGGGAAAAUCACAUAGCGCGACACACAUUCGAAACAAAGAGGGAAAAAAUAAUUAAAAAGAAAAUGAAAACACAACUUGUUCUUCGUCGUCUUCGUCUUCGUCUCUGACACUAGAAGCUACAGAAGAGAGAGAAAAAGCGACGCCAUGGCCAGCAUCUCAAGCUUGGUACACGAACUCCGAGAAAGAUUCGCAGCUUCUUCUUCAACACCUACCAACAACAAACGAGACGACGUCGCUUUGGAAACCAGAUUCCGCUCCGUUCUCCCUAAUCUCCUCAACGCCUACGUCAUCGCUUCUCCUUCAGCAAAUGAGAGAGAAGUAAUUGCAGUAUUAAAGUUGUUAAAUCAUACCGCCAAGAAUUUUCCUGGCGUUUUCUACCACGGAAAAUCGAAUGCAAUUUUGCCGGUUAUUGGCCGUCUCUUGCCGUUCUUUGCUGAGCCGACUUUCCGGGACCGACAUGGAGUGAUUCUUGAAACCAUCGGCUCUCUUCUAGCAUUGCUUCGAAGUGGGGAUCAAGAUGCAUAUCGUCAGUUUUUCCUGGAUGCCAUGUUGUUAAUAGAAGAUCUUGGGUAUGUAGGAUCACUACACUACCGCAAAUCAAGCAUUAUAGAAUCUGCUCAAGUGUCUCUUAAAUGCUUUUCAAAGUCAUUUACCGAAAUUUAUAAUGGUGGAGCAUUACUCGGUGAUCUCCCAGAAUGUAACAAGCCUGGCGAUGGGUAUGGUAUUUUAGUUGAUCUCACGCUAAAGGAGAGGUGGAAAUUAUUUUCUACUUGGAUCAUUUGGCUCCUAAGUAAAUGCUUGACAGAGGGAACUCUUUAUGUGGAAGGACUUGUGACCUCUUCUAUAAUUUUGUCUGUGUGCUCCAUGUUAAGCUAUGAGGAUGCUGAUUUGCAUAUGGCAUGUUUUGAUUUCGCUCGGAUUGCUGGAAUGGCGAUGAACUAUGAGAUUGUUCCAUAUGAGAAACUAAUUUUUUCCAUGAUAAUCAUAUUAAGCGAAGCUGAUGGAAACCUUCCUGUUUUCAGAAACAUGGCUUUUGACUCCACUAUAGGUAGCUGUCUUGAUGUUCUGCAUUCCAGGUGCCCUGCUAACAUUGUUAGAUCAACAGCUGCUGAAUUAGUUAUUGUGUUCUUUAACUCUCUUCCAAAAACUAAAAGUUCCGAGUUACAGGCUGCCCUGUGUAGUGCGUAUAUCCGAGUCUGUAGAAUUUGUCAUCCUCGUGUCUGGAAGCCAAAAUCUCUACUAAAUAUGAUUUGUUCCUCAAGUGUUUGCUUAAUGCUACAAGAUUGCUUUGAGGUGGCUAUUUCUAUUCUUGGUCCUGAUAGGGUUGGGGCCCUUGGGGGAGGCACCAUUAGUGAUACUACGAGUUGUCAUUUAGCAGCAUGUGACAAUAGAUCAGAUAGGUUCAGAGUAGAUUGUAAAAGACCAGCAGAGGAUUUAGGGACUUCCAAGUUAAAGCGCCAGAAGACAAAUGGAGAAGAGGUCACAUCUGAUUUUGUUGGGAAGAGAGAGGAUCGGUGUUUUCACCUUAAUUUGGAGACAAACAGAGAAUACACUGCUGAUAUGUGCACAUCACUUCUUUCAGCUGUUGAAUCUCUGAAACCUUCAGGUCUUCAUACAAAGGCUACCAGAGAUGAACUUGCUCUAGCAACUCUUAGCAUGUUUUGCACGGUCUUCUGCAAAUACCCAAACACCAAUAUAUCAGCAAAAAUUUUUGAGCUGAUAUAUUUGUGGAUCCCAUGGAUUUUCCAGCAGGCAAAUCAUGAGAAUUCUAUCCGAAUUGACUUGUCAAGCUAUUUUGAAGCAUUACACAAAACAUUGUUAUUGCCAAGUCCCUUUCUUGAAAAUGUGAAGCACUUUUGCAAUGACAGUUGUAACAUGGAUCUUAUCUUUUCUGUGCUCAAGCUUCCAUGGACUCAUCAUCUUGAGGUGGUCAAAACCCAUCAGCCAUGGAGAACUAAAUGCCUUUCCAUUCAAAUCUUGUCUCUGAUCGGUCCCAAGUUAGAACUUCAACUUGAUGUUUUGAAUUUGGGACUUCAUGAUGCAGUGGAAAAAGUCAGGAUGGAGGCUGUCAUGGCUAUGCCAAUUAUUGUCAUGUCAUCUGAUUUUUGUGCACUCUCAUCUAUUUUAACAUGGCUCAAGUAUCUUGGGGAAGAGGUGCAUGAGAAUGUCAGAAAAGUAAUUCCUUUUUCUUUAGGAUAUUUGUCAUGCCUGACAGAAUUUUGUCAUAAUUCUGAUGGUAGGAGUGCACAUGGUUGCAAAAUUUCCUUUCAUAGCGAUGAAAAGCACAAUCUGAUGCUGGAUUCUUUAUUUCAAGGAUUUUGGUGUGCGAAGUGUGAUAAAAAGGUUGUUCAUGCUGAUGCUCGGAAUUCAUUUGUCAUGCAUGUCCCGGAUAAUAUAUGUAUAAAGGACACUGCUUUGUGUGACUUUGGCUACAUACAUUCAUUGUUCUUCAACUUUCUUUUUGAUGAGUCUUCCGAAGAGGUCCAAGUUUCCUGUGUAACAAUAUUUCACCGAAUCAUCAUGCAUGCAGAGAGAAAAGUUCUUCUAGAAACAAGAGCCCAAUGGAUUAAAUGUAUUGAAUUCCUGCUCCUCCAUAAAAAGAGGUCUUUGAGGGAAGCAUUCUGCUCUCAGCUCAGGUUCUUUCUGGAUGAUAAUAUUUUAAUUUGUCUGUUUCCAGAGAUGGAGAUGCCUAAUGCAAGUAAAAGACAGAUGUUUUUUGAUAAAAUAGUAAAAGCACUUGCAACAACUGAAGACCCCCAAAUUGUUGAAACUUUAUUGGAGUCAGCUGCUGAGAUUAUGAUGGCAGUGGAUAUAAACUGUCAGCUUUUCUUAGCUUCGCUUAUUUUGCUAGUUGACAAACUUGACAAUCCCCAUCUGACUGUUAGAGUGACUGCUGCAAGGUUAAUUGAUCGGUCUUGCUACUUUCAUCUUCAAGGAGGAGUUGAACUAGUCCUUUCAAAGUUCACUCAUAUUCGAAAUGAGUUAUUUGAGUAUCUUUGCCUACGGCUUGUAAACCGUUCAGAAAUGGUGAGGGAAUUUGCCGAGGCUGUUCAUGGUAUUGAAACCAAGAAGCUGGUCCUCAAAAUGAUUCCGGUUGUUCUCCCAAAGCUUGUUGUCGCCCAAAAGAAUGACGAACAAUCAGUUGCUAUUUUGCAUGAGCUUGCCAACUACUCGGACACAAAUAUGGUGAAUAUGAUUGUUCGCUGGCUACCGAAAGUACUUGCUUAUGCUCUUCAGCAAUCUGAUGGCAAAAAAUUGCUCUCUGUUUUGCAAUUUUACCACGAGCAAAUAGAAUCAGACAAGCAACAAUUAUUUGCUGCUUCAUUACCUGAUUUAUUGGAGGAAUUAGUGUGCUUUGUGGAUGGAAAUGACCCAGAAGAGAUUAGCCAAAAGUUGGGAAGAGUACCACAAAUGAUAGAAGAAGUUGCAAAAACUUUGACGGGAAGUGAAGAUCUUCCUAGCUUCUUGAAGAAUUAUUUUGUUGUCAUUCUCAAAAGAAUUGAUACGAAAAUGCUCCAGGCAAAGGACAUCUCUUGGCAGAAGCAAGCUAUUAAAAGAAUAGAAUUGUUGAUUAAGUUGAUGGGUCCUCACCUAAGUACCUAUGUACCAAAACUUAUGGUGCUUCUCAUGCAUGCGAUUGAGAAGGAAUCCCUGCGAGGUGAAGGUCUCGCUGUGUUACAUUUCUUCAUCAAGCAGCUGGCAAUGCUGUCACCAUCUAGUGCCAAGCAUGUCAUAUUUCAAGUUUUUUCUGCUCUAAUUCCCUUUUUGGAGAAAGAAAAAGACAAGCCUUCUAUGCAUUUGGAUAAAAUUGUUGAUGUUAUAGAAGAGCUUGUGUGUGAAAAUAAGGAUAUACUAAAGCAGCACAUUCGUGAAUUUCCUCUGUUGCCCAGCAUUCCUGCGUUAAUAAAGGUAAAUCAAGUGAUACAAGAAGCACGAGGGUCAAUGACUUUGAAGGAUCAAUUGCGAGAUGCCGCUGAUGGCCUGAAUCAUGAAAACUUAAAUGUAAGGUAUAUGGUUGCUUGUGAACUAAGCAAACUACUGAACCUUAGGAAUGAGGAUGUAGCAGCAACAAUUGGCACAGAAAUGGGUUUAGAUGUUACUGUUUUAAGCUCUCUGAUUACAUCUUUAUUGAGAGGAUGUUCUGAAGAAUCACGGACUUCAGUUGGGCAGAGGUUAAAAAUGGUGUGUGCGGACUGUCUUGGCGCUCUAGGUGCUGUUGAUCCUGCUAAGGUAAAGGCAGCACCAUGUCAAAGAUUCAAAAUCCAGUGCUCUGAUGAUGAUUUGAUCUUUGAACUGAUCCAUAAGCACCUCGCCAGGGCAUUCAGAGCAGCCCCUGAUGCUAACAUCCAAGAUGCUGCUGCAUUUGCUAUUCAGGAGCUGCUAAAAAUUGCUGGAUGCAAUGCUGUGGCCUCUUUGUCACAGAUGCUGAAAGUUGGUGUACUGGGGUCUAAGGGCUCUAAUGAUUGUCAAGUGAUGAGUGAAAGGGGUCAACGGUUGUGGGACCGAUUUUCUGACUAUGUUAAGGAGAUCAUUGCACCAUGCUUAAUUUCUCGGUUUCAACUUUCCGAUUCAUCAGAAUCUUCCUCUUCUGGUGCUAUAUAUCAACCUUCUUUGUCAUUCAGGAAUUGGAUCUUUCGUUGGAUUAAAAAACUGAUUGUGGACGCUACCGGAUCUCGUGCAAGCAUUUUCAAGGCUUGUCGUGAAAUAAUGCGCCAUGAUAUGCAAACAGCAACAUAUUUGCUACCUUAUUUAGUUCUUGAUGUUGUUUGCCAUGGUUCAGAGGUAGCCCGCUCCGGUAUUACAGGAGAGAUAUUGUCUGUCCUGGAUGCAGCUGCCUCAGAGAAUAGUGGUGCUGCAGUUCUUGUAAUUGGUGGUGGGCAAGGUGAGAUUUGUAUCCAAGCUGUUUUUACUCUGCUUGAUAAUAUGGGACAAUGGGUUGAUGAUGUGGGUCAAGAAAUAGCACUUUCCCACUCUCCAUUUGUUUCCUCUAAAGAAGCUUCCAAGUUAAGCAACACAACUAGCAACUCUGCAACUGAUAGGGACAAACUUCGUGCACAAUGCAAAUAUGUUUCUGAGCUUUUGGAUGCAAUUCCAAAGGUGACCCUAGCAAGGGCAUCCUUUAGGUGCCAGGCUUAUGCUAGAUCAUUGAUGUACUUUGAAUCGCAUGUUCGGGUAAAAUCAGGUUCGUUUAACCCAGCAGCUGAGAGGAGUGGCAUCUUUGAGGAUGAAGACAUUUCAUUCCUGAUGGAAAUCUAUAGUGGUAUUGAUGAACCUGAUGGUUUAUCAGGGUUGGCUAGCUUAAGAAAGUCAGUAAGUUUACAAGAUCAGCUGCUAAUAAACAAAAAAGCUGGAAACUGGGCAGAGGUCCUGACUUCUUGUGAACAAGCUUUGCAGAUGGAAUCUACCUCAGUUCAAAGGCAUUCAGAUGUUCUCUAUUGCUUACUUAAUAUGUGCCAUCUUCAGACAAUGGUUACCCAUGUGGAUGGCCUAAUAUCUAGAAUUCCUCAAUAUAGGAAAACAUGGUGCAUGCAAGGGGUGCAGGCUGCGUGGAGACUUGGCAAAUGGGACCUAAUGGAUGAGUAUCUAGAUGGAGCUAAUAAAGAAGGCCUACUUUGUAGCAUUUCUGACAGCAAUGCUUCGUUUGACAUGGAUGUUGCUAAAAUUCUUCAGGCAAUUAUGCAAAAAGAUCGAUUUGUGGUUGAUGAGAAAAUUGCUUUAUCAAAGCAAGCUCUUAUUGCUCCAUUAGCUGCUGCUGGCAUGGACUCAUAUGCGCGGGCUUAUCCGUUUAUUGUAAAACUUCAUCUUUUGAGAGAGCUAGAAAACUUUCGUGAUCUACUCGGUUGCCAUUCUUUCCUGGAAAAACCUUUUCAUCUUGGACACCCAGAGUUUUUGAAAGUUAUAGAUAACUGGGAGAAUAGGCUAAAAUUCACACAACCAUCUCUCUGGGCAAGGGAACCACUUUUAGCUUUCAGGAGACUUGUUUUUGGUGCCAGUAAAAUGGGUGCUCAAGUUGGAGACUGCUGGCUUCAAUAUGCUAAGCUUUGUCGCUCUGCUGGUCAUUAUGAGACAGCUAAUCGAGCUAUUCUUGAGGCGAGUUCUUCUGGCGCUCCUAAUGUCCAUAUUGAAAAAGCCAAGCUUCUAUGGAGCAUGAAGCGGUCUGAGGGUGCAAUUGCUGAAUUGCAGCAGUCUCUCUUAAACAUGCCUAUAGAAGUUGUUGGGUCUGCUGCAAUAUCAUCUAUUACUAGCCUUGCCUUGAUUCCACCAAAUCCGCAACCCUUGCAUGGUGAUACUCAAGCUCAAAAUGAGAAUCGUAAUAUAGGAAAGACCCUUCUCUUAUACUCAAGAUGGAUCCAUUAUACUGGACAAAAGCAGAAAGAAGACGUAAUGAGUCUGUAUUCUAGGGUGAGGGAAUUGCAACCUAAGUGGGAGAAAGGUUACUUCUAUGUUGCUAAAUAUUGUGAUGAAGUUCUUGUUGAUGCUAGAAAACGUCAGGUGGAAAAUGUUGAUACUAAUCCAAGGAUACCACCUGCUUCUGGUAUCAUCUCUAAUAAUUCAAAUGCUGAGAAGCCUUGGUGGGUUUAUCUUCCUGAAGCACUUUUAUUUUACGCUAAAGGCCUUCACAGAGGUCAUAAGAAUCUUUUCCAAGCCCUCCCAAGAUUGUUGACCCUUUGGUUUGACUUUGGAAGUGUAUAUCAUCAGAGUGGGUCAUCAAAUAAAGAUCUAAAAAAUGUUCAGGGAAAGGUAAUGAGUAUUAUGCGAGGCUGUCUGAAAGAUUUGCCAACUUAUCAGUGGCUGGCUGUUCUGCCACAGUUAGUUUCUAGAAUCUGCCACCAAAAUGAAGAGAUUGUUCGAUUGGUCAAACACAUCAUUACUUCUGUUCUCCGGCAGUAUCCUCAGCAAGCUAUAUGGCUCAUGGCGGCUGUUUCUAAAUCUGCUGUUUCUUCAAGGAGACAAGCAGCUGCAGAGAUCUUGCAAGCUGCGCGCAAGGGGCCCAGUCCAGACAGCCGUCGUAAUGAAUUUUUUUCUCAGUUUACCAGUUUAAUUGAUCAUCUGAUUAGGUUGUGCUUUCAUGCCAGCCAAUCAAAAGUGAGAACAAUCAAUAUCUUAACUGAAUUUAGUUCCCUGAAGAGAAUGAUGCCUCUAGGAAUCAUAAUGCCUAUUCAGCAGUCUCUCACAGUUAACUUGCCUACUUGUGAGUCACCCUUGACAGACUCAUCUAAUAUCUUUUCAGCUACUGAACUUCCAACAAUAGCUGGAAUAGCAGAUGAAGUUGAAAUACUUUCAUCUCUUCAACGUCCCAAAAAAGUUGUUCUUGUUGGAAGUGAUGGCAUUGAGCGUGCGUUUCUCUGUAAACCCAAAGAUGAUCUACGAAAGGAUGCUCGUAUGAUGGAAUUUAAUGCCAUGAUUAAUCGUUUACUGUCAAAAUGUGCUGAAAGCCGUCGAAGAAAACUAUAUAUUCGCACUUUUGCCGUAAUUCCUUUAACUGAGGAUUGUGGAAUGGUGGAAUGGGUGCCUCACACUCGUGGUCUACGGCACAUUCUUCAGGAUAUCUAUAUAACGUGUGGAAAAUUUGACAGACAGAAGACGAAUCCUCAGAUUAAGCGAUUGUAUGAUCAAUCCCAAGGGAGAAUGCCAGAAGAUGAGAUGUUGAAGACCAAAAUACUUCCAAUGUUUCCCCCUGUUUUCCACAAAUGGUUUUUAACUACAUUUGCUGAGCCAGCUGCCUGGUUCAGAGCCAGAGUUGCUUAUGCACAUACUACUGCAGUGUGGUCCAUGGUUGGUCACAUUGUAGGCCUCGGGGAUCGACAUGGAGAAAAUAUCCUUUUUGAUUCUACUACAGGGGAUUGUGUGCAUGUUGAUUUUAGUUGCUUAUUUGACAAAGGUCUGCUGUUGGAGAAACCAGAGCUUGUGCCUUUCAGGUUGACCCAGAAUAUGAUGGAUGGAUUGGGAAUCACUGGAUAUGAGGGCGUCUUUCUCAAGGUGUGUGAGAUCACUCUUUCGGUUCUCAGAACUCACAGGGAGACACUAAUGAGUGUUCUUGAAACAUUUAUCCACGAUCCCCUUGUAGAGUGGACUAAAUCUCAUAAAUCAAGCGGAGUGGAAGUUCAAAAUCCCCAUGCCCAGCGUGCUAUUAGUAACAUUGAAGCAAGGUUGCAAGGAAUUGUUGUUGGGGUUGCAGCAGCACCAUCUUUGCCUUUAGCUGUGGAGGGGCAAGCUCGUCGGUUGAUUGCUGAGGCAGUUUCUCACAAAAAUCUUGGGAGAAUGUACAUAUGGUGGAUGCCUUGGUUUUGAUUGCAGUUUCUCUUGAGUCUACUGAUCCUUGAGGAGCAAUUACUUUCUUGGAUAAUUCCUGUGACUCAUUUUGCUGCGAGUAAUAGUGACAAAAUUUGUGCCUGCUGGAAUUCUAUGAAUUGGUGUUUAUUGUGAAAGAAUGCACUAUUUUCAAAGCUGGACAGUUAUGCCUAGUUUAAUACAAGUAUGGAGCUUGAUAUUGGUUUGAGUGACCACAUGCUGAGAGAUGAUGCUAUCUUUCUCAUCAUUAGUUACAACAAAGUAUAUGAUGUGUUUUGGUGUGCCUCCAAAGUCGUCCUGGAUACUUAUAAGCAAUUAAAUCUGAAAUCAUCAAAGUUUAGGUUUCCAUGUUUCAUUUUGCUGCUAAAGGCCCAGAGCAACAUUGUGUUUCAUGUUUACUUAAAAUCAAGGUGUAACUGUAGUCGGGACAGGAUAGUUUCGACAUUUAUCUCUUAAUCUAGGCAGAUACUCCGAUGAGCUCCUCAUGAUUUGUACAUAUCGUAUUGCAAUCAAUUAUCACAUGCUAUACCUGAAGACUGUUGUAUUGUAGGGAAAAAAAACUAAGUAUAUGACAGGACUCUGCUACUGCGCGACAGACUACAGAAGUUGCAGUCAUUUGGGGAAAAAAAAAAAAAAAAAAGUCUUCUGAGAUUCCCAUAAGAAUAGGGUUAGAAUUAGGAUAGUAAAAUCAUAGCACCCAAGUAAAUCUGGGUGCCACAUACACAGUUGCUCUAGAAGCUCCAAUGGAGGCGGAAGGAGUUGAGCGUCACUUUGCUCAUUGAUGAUGUAAAUAUAAACAAAAGACAAAGUAAUUAGCUGGAGUUUAAACUCUUUAAGUUUUAUAAAUGAUGAUGAUGUAAAUUUUGGAUAUUAUAUGGCUCAAAUAACUCAAAUUUUAUCCUCGUUGCACAAGAAUACACUUGAGUUUUGUCCCUUUACAGAAUUGGCAAAUAUAUAUUCUUCAAGUUUUAACAUUUAUU